AUGCUGCUGCUCAAGAAACAGACCCAGGACAUCAGCAGCGUCUAUGAGAUCCGGGAGAAGCUGGGAUCAGGCGCCUUCUCCGAGGUGGUGCUGGCCCAGGAGCGGGGUUCCACGCAUCUAGUGGCCCUCAAGUGCAUCCCCAAGAAGGCCCUCCGAGGCAAAGAGACCCUGGUGGAGAAUGAGAUCGCUGUGCUCCGCAGGGUCAGCCACCCCAACAUCGUGGCUCUGGAGGACGUCCACGAGAGCCCGUCUCACCUCUAUCUGGCCAUGGAGCUGGUGACGGGGGGCGAGCUGUUUGACCGCAUCAUGGAGCGUGGCUCCUACACGGAGAAGGACGCCAGCCACCUGGUGGGCCAGGUCCUAGGCGCUGUCUCCUACCUGCACAGCCUGGGCAUUGUACACCGGGACCUCAAGCCUGAAAACCUGCUGUACGCCACGCCCUUCGAGGACUCCAAGAUCAUGGUCUCCGACUUUGGCCUCUCCAAAAUCCAGGCUGGCAACAUGCUGGGCACCGCCUGUGGGACCCCGGGAUAUGUGGCACCCGAGCUCCUGGAGCAGAGGCCCUACGGGAAGGCAGUGGACGUGUGGGCCCUGGGGGUCAUCUCCUACAUCCUGCUUUGUGGAUACCCCCCCUUCUAUGACGAGAGCGACCCCGAACUCUUCAGCCAGAUCCUGAGGGCCAGCUAUGAGUUCGACUCGCCCUUCUGGGACGAUAUCUCAGAUUCAGCCAAAGACUUUAUCCGGCACCUCCUCGAGCGGGACCCUCAGAAGAGGUUCACUUGCCAGCAGGCCUUACAGCAUCUUUGGAUCUCUGGGGAUGCAGCUUUUGACAAGGACAUUUUGGGCUCGGUCAGUGAGCAGAUCCAGAAGAAUUUUGCCCGCACCCACUGGAAGCGAGCCUUCAAUGCCACUUCAUUCCUGCGCCACAUUCGAAAGAUGGGGCACAACCCGGAGGGCGAGGAGGUGUCUGAGCAGGUGGUGGCCCGCCACACCCAUCUGGGCCUCCUGACUGCACAGCCUCCCAAGUGGUGGGAAUGGCUUCUUGGUGCUGGCCAGGGAAGGUUCUCCACCGCAACCCUGGGCUUGGGAUGGGCGGGCAUGGGGCAUGGGCUGGCCGCGAGAGUGAGCACCCUCAGUCACAAGGGCCCCAGGGAUCCUGGCAAGAUAAACAGUCAAGCCAAGCCGCUGCCUGUUGCCUCCCCGUCCCAGCUCACAUCUCCAUGGGAGAACCCCUCUCCACAGUGGCCACUUGGGGACAAGGGUGCACGCCUGGCAGCAGAGCACUGUGGCAAAUGA